AUCUUAUGACAUGUAUAUCUGAUGAUUAUUAUUUAGUGGUUUCUCAAUGUUAUAAAUCAUAUGCAGUCAGAGUCGCAUUCAUUAACAGGAAUGUUUUCAAAACAGGAAACUAUGGCAUCAAACAUCGUAAGAAUUUGUUAUGUAUAAACGAGUAAAGUUGCCAAAACACCGGUUUUUCAUUUCCUCAGUAUCUAUUCACAUCUAAAAAUAAUUCAUAAUAUUUCUGAAAACACUUGCAUUCGUUACGCAAACAUGUCAAUUUUUAUUAGCCUCUGCAAUAAAGCAAGAUUUCAUUCAGUUAUCUGUGCGAUCGUAGAGAGAGAAUAUGUACAAGUAGCAACUGUCAAAGGCGGUUUCGUUAUAUAGGAGCUACGAAAAGGCAUAAACAAACAUUCAUUGAGAUACACAUGACGAUGAUUUCUGCCAUUGCAUCGUCCAGUCGAUGUUCGGCUCCCUGUAAACCAUGUAAACCGUCGUCAGCAUCACCUUCAUACAAAGUAAAAAGGAAAAAGAGUAUUGAAGAUGAGAGAAAACAGAGUUUUGAAGUUGAUAAACGUUUUGAUAUCGAUGGAGCAAAACAUAUUUCAGAAAAGGACCGUGAAGCUUUCUUAUCGUAUGGAUUAUUUAAUAUAGUGGCAGGAAAACGAACAGCAGAAUUACUGGAGAAACACCAUCGUCAUGAGCAUGAUGAACCACAUGGUAGGCGAGGAUCAUGCACAAGUCGUCGAUGUUCUGAACCGGAAAUACUACGCCAUUCAGCCAAACACGAGUUUCUGCUAACUCCUCCUAAAAAGGAAAACUUUUUUGAGAAGCACCAGACACCCAAAGAAAUGUAUUCGUCUCAGAAACAUUUGUUAGAUGUGAGACCAGUAUCGUCCGAAAAACGCAGCUUGAAGAAAGCUGUAAAAUCAAAAAGUAAAAACCUACAAGAAUUCUUCAAAAAGUUAUGAGACCAUCCAUGGCACACAUAUGCUUACUUGUGAAUCAAUAAUUCAAAUAUACAUAGUUCAUUACAAGUAAACAUGCAUUUACGAACCUUUUUUUUAUAAUGCAUACCAUUAAAAUAAACAAAGUCAUAUAGGUUGGCUUCUGUUUCACGUUUUCAUCAAAUCAGCAUGGAUGGUGGUCAACAGAGAGGCAGCGCAUUGAAUACUAGUAAACGAUUUCUUUGACGUGCUCGUGCUGGUGUAUGAAAAGGGUUAAGAAUACACAACAUUUGUACAUAAACUCAUAUUCAUAAACAAAUGAGGAUGGUAAUUUGUUGUAUAAUUAAUAAACAUGUGAAUCAUAGCAUAAUUAUAUAUAUUAAAGCAAGUCUUAAAUAAUA